AUGUUCUUUGUAAGAGAAGAAGCUCCUGGAACACCAAAGGCUCCUGGAAGACCAAAGGCUCCUGGAACACCAAAGGCUCCUGGAACACCAAAGGCUCCUGGAACACCAAAGGCUCCUGGAACACCAAAGGCUUCUGGAACACCAAAGGCUCCUGGAACACCAAAGGCUUCUGGAACACCAAAGGCUCCUGGAACACCAAAGGCUCCUGGAACACCAAAGGCUUCUGGAACACCAAAGGCUCCUGGAACACCAAAGGCUUCUGGAACACCAAAGGCUCCUGGAACACCAGAGGCUUCUGGAACACCAAAGGCUCCUGGAACACCAAAGGCUUCUAGAACACCAAAGGCUCCUGGAACACCAAAGGCUCCUGGAACACCAAAGGCUCCUGGAACACCAAAGGCUCCUGGAACACCAAAGGCUUCUGGAACACCAAAGGCUCCUGGAACACCAAAGGCUCCUGGAACACCAAAGGCUCCUGGAACACCAAAGGCUCCUGGAACACCAAAGGCUCUUGGAACACCAAAGGCUCCUGGAACACCAAAGGCUCCUGGAACACCAAAGGCUCCUGGAACACCAAAGGCUCCUGGAACACCAAAGGCUCCUGGAACACCAAAGGGUCCUGGAACACCAAAGGCUCCUGGAACACCAAAGGCUCCUGGAACACCAAAGGCUCCUGGAACACCAAAGGCUCCUGGAACCUAA